AUGAAUUUAUCGUUGGCAUUUCAAUGACCAGACAAGAUAUAUUUUGACGAUUCAUUAACCUAAACAAACAAAAACACUAGAUUUGAUUAAAUUGGCAGUGGUACUUUUUAUUCUAUUCACUGGAUAAUGAACAUCGAAGAAGUAUUGAGAUAUAAUCCACCUACCAGCAGUUUUUCAACUACCGACGAAAAUGAUAACAAUGAAAGUCAAUCGACCUCCAAACCAAAACGCCUACGUUUAGAUGACAAUCCAACGACAUCCACGAUCCGAGUUGGACAUGUUAACGCUGAAGAAAUUGACAAAUUACUCUCGAAAACUGGCAUCGAACAUGUAAAUGAAAUUGAUUCGGAAACAUUUAAACGUUUGAUCUUACAAUUGGAGCGGCGUCAAUUAAAAAAUCAAGAGAUGCGUAUCAAACAUGCAGAUAAUCCUACCAAAUUCAUGGAUUCCGAAUUCGAACUGUUUGAUAUAAUUAAAGAAAUGCAUGUGAUUUCCACUCAACCAUCAUUAUACGAUACGGCAAUACAAAUGAAUUUAUUGCCUCAGCUGUUAGGUUUGCUGUCGCAUGAAAAUACUGAUAUUGCCUGCUCUGUAGUUGCUUUGAUACAAGAAUUGACCGAUCUAGAUGACGUGGAUGAGAUCGAACAGGUCGGUCGUUUGAUGGAUGCAUUGAUUGAUGGACAGAUAACUGUAGCAUUGGUAGCCAACAUGGAGCGAUUAGACGAAAAUGUACGUGAAGAGUCUGAAGGCAUCUAUAAUUCGUUGGCAAUCAUCGAGAAUCUUACCGAUUACAAACCGGAACUGAGCAAAGACGUUAAACCGUUGUUACUUUGGCUACUGCGAAAACUCAAAUCCAAGUCACCCAUAUUUUCAGCGAAUAAAUUGUAUGCAUCGGAAAUACUGUCCAUACUGCUACAGAAUAGUUCAGAUAACCGUUCCAUGGUUGGCACAUUGAACGGAAUCGACAUCCUAUUACAUGUUCUUUCUUAUUACAAAAGACAUGAUCCAUCUACUGCCGAUGAAGAAGAAUAUGUUGAAAAUCUAUACGAUUGUCUAUGUUGUUCAUUAUUUAUGUCUAGCCGAAACCUCGAGCUUUUUAUUCAGGCCGAAGGAAUCGAGCUGAUGGUGUUGAUACUAAAAGAGAAACGAAAAAAACAUUCCCCUACAGAUGUGCGUAUUGGUGCCUUGAAAUUAUUGAGUCAUUGUUUUAGUCAUGUCGCUGACGAUCCAACGGCUGCACAGCUCAUUACAACAUUAGCCGAUAAAUUUAUCGAAAUUCUUGGCCUUCGUGUACUUAUGCCCAUAUUUCUACGACCCAGUUCAAUAAUUGGUCAUGUUAGUGGUAGUCGGCGGCGAAAACAAGCAGCCCUGAUCGAUCAGAUCGAAGAACAUACUUUGGUCAUAAUCGGUGCUUUACUUAAAUUUACUAGCCGUCCCGAACUCCGUGAUCGUAUAUUGAACAAAUUUAUUGAACAAAAUUUUGUCAAAACUGAACGACUUGUCGAAUUACAUCUCAAAUAUUGGGAACGCCUGAGACAAUUCGACGACCGUAAUAAAACAACAUUAUCAAACCAAGAGACUGUAGAACAGUGGUUUUUAAUACGAUUGAACGAAGGUGGUCUUUUCAUUCUGCAACUCAUUGAUCAAAUCAUCGUCAUGAUUUCUUCAUUCCGUUGGGAAUCAUCACAGCCUUCAUCAACACUAUCAUCUGUCGAAUAUUCCAUCAAACAACGAAUACAUCGAUUGUUAAAUAUGCAUAGUAACACACAAAGAAAUUUGGAUCAUGUUCAGGUGAUCAAAUCUAUCGUUACCGAAUAUAUUGAAGAGAAAAACGAAAAAAAUAACCAGACGCAAGAUGAUUACCUUUUGAAAUGUACACAAUCGUUUUAAAUAAAAUUGAUUUCAACAAGUGGAACUGAAUUAUUUUAA